AUGAACUUCACGUCCGAGAAACAAGAAGUUGGCUCAUCGUACUCCCGCGAAGGCAACAUGGAGUCCGACGGCACGCUCAACAACGGUUCCAACUACGAGCAGUCGCUCGAGCUCGCCCAACUCCCAGACGACGAUACCACCUGGUCUCUGAAGCACAAGGUCGAAGCCGUCAGGCAGAGAGAUGAACGAUCUGGUUUCCCUGCGAGAGAGCUGGGCGUGACAUGGCAGAACCUCACGGUGCAGGCCGUCAGCGCCGACGCGUCGAUUCACGAAAACGUCCUAUCACAGUUCAACAUUCCUAAACUUGUCAAGGAGUCCCGCCACAAGCCGCCCCUGAAGACGAUUCUCGACAACUCCCACGGCUGCGUCAAGCCCGGUGAGAUGCUGUUGGUUCUCGGAAGACCUGGAUCCGGAUGCACGACACUACUCAACAUUCUCGCCAACCACCGCCGCGGAUACUCUUCAGUUACCGGCGAUGUUCACUACGGUUCAAUGUCUCACAAGGAGGCAGAGAGGUAUCGUGGCCAAAUCGUCAUGAACACCGAGGAGGAGCUGUUCUUUCCCACCCUCACCGUCGGCCAGACGAUGGACUUUGCAACCCGCCUCAAGAUUCCCUUCCGCCUCCCUGAUGGAGUAUCAUCCAACGAGGAGUUGAGAGCGGAGAACAGAGAUUUCUUGUUGGAGUCGAUGGGUAUCCAGCACACUUUCGACACCAAGGUCGGCAACGAGUUUGUUCGUGGUGUUUCUGGUGGCGAGAGGAAACGUGUUUCCAUCAUCGAGACUAUGGCGACGAGAGGUUCAGUGUUUUGCUGGGAUAACAGUACCAGAGGACUGGACGCCAGCACGUAA